AUGUUUGGAUGUUUAAUUAAACCUAUGGAUAUAAUUGGAUGUGGAAUUUAUUUUCCACAAUUAAAUAAUGAAAAUAAUUCUGCUCAACUUUUCUUUACUCUUAAUGGAAAAAAGAAAGGAAAAACAAUUUUUGUUGAGUUAAAUGAUGAUAAGGAUUCUCUUUUGUUUUAUCCAAAUGUUAGUCUUUUUUGUUGUUCAGUUGAAGCUAAUUUUGGUACAAAUAAAUUUCUUUACAAAAUUGGUGAAUUUAAGGAAUGA